UUUCCUCCUAUUCAUUUGCUUGUCAGCAUGCUUUAAUUUCAGGAACAAAGUGUAUGAAAGAUGCUAAAUCAGUUUGCGAACGAAUAAGGGGCGAGGUCGAAAAUCACACCCAAGAUCUAAACGCCACAUGUAAAAAAGCAAUUAAAGUGAGUCGCUUCAAUGAAAUAUUUGCAAAAACCAAAGAAUGCCUCAAAGCAUCCAAUGGAACCUUUGUUAAUAGCGAUGAUGGCGCAAAAGAUUUUCCUUGUGUCAUCAGAACAAAUAGUUCCACCAAAGGAGUCAUGUGGAUCUUACAGUGCAACAAAAACGAGACAUAUACAGGCACUAGAUUAAUAAGAGUACUAAGAAAAAUGAGUACCAGUUAUUCUAAUGUUCGUUGGUGUGAUUAUGCCAGUAGGAACAACAUUUCAAAAUUUAAGCUUUCAGGCACAGAGUGUAAGAAAGAUGCUGAAUGCGUUUGCGAACUAAUAAGGGGUCAGGGAAUGAUGUCGUCGGGAUUUCGUAAAGUCAGAAAGUUAAAGAGGUUUAAUAAGAGACGCAGGAAAGCACUACGCAAAUUUUUUAAAGAAAUUAUUAAACGUGUCAGCCUUCCUUCCUUUUGCAAUUCAUGGAGACUAGAAAACGGCACCUCAAAAAUGGAAGUGUUCGUUGGGAAUUUCAUGCACUUCAUUCAAAAUAUGACAACACCGUUCAAUUCUCUUAGGAAGCUAUGUCAAAGACGGGCGAAUUGUUCUGUGAAAAGGAUUUUCGUGCGUUUGGAUAAUGUCACAGUGAACACCAGCCACCUUUGGGACCACUCUUCUAUUGCCCCAUCUGAAAUCAUAACGUUGGAUUAUAUUGUCAAUGGGAAACUCUUAUCAACGCUAGAAGAAACAAUAUCUUUGAGUUUUUCCAACAAGCUGCGGAAAAAUGUUUUAAAAGAGCAGGUGAAAUGCUUGUUUUUGGAUGUAGAUGAAUGGAGCGAUGAAAAUAUGAGUGUUGGUUCAGUUAAUAAAGACAAUAUUACGUGUUUGACAAAUCACUUAACAAGCUUUACAAUGGUUAUUCUUUCCAAACCAGACGAGGUGAGCGAUUCAGACAGAAAAGCAAUAGAUGUUAUCUAUUAUAUCGGAUCUGGACUGUCGUUGGCUGGUCUAAUGUUCUCGUGUGUUGUCUACGUUGUUCUUUACAAAGAUCUCAAGAUUCUGACGACCAGUCGGCACUUGGUGCAUUUCAACUUGCAGAUUGCAUUAGGAUUGACACAAAUGAUCUUUCUCGCCGGUGGGGUCGCCACACAAAAUAAGGUUGCUUGCACGCUUGUGGCCAUCUUGGUUCAUUAUUUUUCCCUGGCUUCUUUUGUAUGGAUGCUUCUUGAAGCUGUGAUGCUUUAUUUAAAGCUAAUUUCUGUGUACAGUGGAGAGUUUGUGAGAAUAAAGAAAUUCAUGAUAUUUGGUUGGGGAUUUCCUUUCGUGUAUGUUGGUUUCAUUGCGGGACUACAAACUGACAAAUAUGGUACAAAACAAUGGUGUUGGAUAUCUUAUGAAAAAGGCUUUUCCUGGGUUUUCUUUGCGCCAGUGGUCAUAACAUUAUCGGUAACUAUUGUGGUUGUUAUUGCUGUGGCUCGUCUAGUGUUUCGUCUUUCAAACGCCCAAGGUCACGAUACCAAGAAAAAUAUCAUCUCUGCGGCUCGAGGUAUUAUCAUAUUAUUUCCAACUCUUGGUCUUUCCUGGGCGUUCGGUGUCAUUGCAAGAUAUAAUACUGAGGUGGUGGUAUGGCUAUAUCUGUUCGCAAUAUUUACAUCGAUGCAGGGAUUUCUCAUCUUUCUCAUCUAUGGAGUUUGCAACAGAGAGAUUCGUGUAGCAGUUGGUCGGAAAAUGGGCUACGAAGUCAACCCUACCUCAGGCUUGGAAAUAAAGGGAUGAAAGUAUCUUGAACUAAAUAUAACAAUGCAUGUUAAAAUAUUAAAACCUAUAAGCAUUUAACAUUUUAUCUAUUCAGUAUGAUUCAUAUAUAUCAUAUAGUACGUAUGAAACAUUAUUCAAAUCUAUGUUGAUGGUAGUUAACACUAAAGCACUCUUUUAAAUGCGACGCUGUUCAGUUCUACAUUCUUGCUUUGUGUCAUAAAAUUACAGAAAGAAACAUAAGCCCCAUUUAAACUACGCAUGAUUUUAGGUUUGGUACGGAUGAAAUUUGGAACAAAUCUCCAAAUUUAGUCCAAAUGAUGUCAUUUUUAUUUGUAUAUACCAAACCUAAUGUGAAAUAUGCAGGAAAUUAAAACUUGGCAUAGUAUAUGUAGUAUAAAC